AUGAAUAACUCAACUGAGUUGUCUCCUUCAGAGGAAAUGGCCCCUGAGGAGUUUGAUGGUGGAACAGCAGCGGCUUGUGUGAUACUGGGUCUGUCCUUCCUGGUUGGAGUUCCAGGGAACCUUCUGGUGAUCUGGACCAUCCUGAGAUGCAUCAAGCAGCGUUCCCACACCGUGGUGCUCAUCCUGCACCUGGCUGUUGCGGAUCUGCUGGUCCUUAUCACCCUGCCUGUGUGGAUCUACUCCCUGGUCUACUCCUGGGUGUUUGGAGAGGCCUUCUGCAAAGCCUUGGUAUACAUCAUCAGUGUGUGCAUGUUCAGCAGCAUCUUCUUCAUCACUCUCAUGAGUGUGGAGCGCUUUCUAGCCAUCUGCCAUCCAUUUUUAACAGUGCGCUGGAAGACAAAGAGUGCGAUGAACCGGUGUCUUGUACUUUUGUGGCUCCUUGCUAUCCUUCUAGGAGCACCUGUCUUACUCACCCAGUUUUUGGAUGAAAAUGAUGGAAGUAAGCAGUGUUUUGUCAGGGAUUUCAGCUCUGUGACUCAAGCAAUCAUCAUCUUGUGCCUGGAGACCUUUGGGGGCUUAUUUUUUCCUUUCAUCACCAUUAGUAUCUGUUACUGUCUAGUGACAGCCCAACUCAGGAGAAUGAGAUACAAUACCAAACAGAAAUCCUAUGUUCUCGUGCACACAGUUGUUAUAGCCUUCAUUCUGUGCUGGUUUCCUUACCACAUCAUCAACAUUAUGGAUCUGGUUUGCAUCUUAAAGUCAGGCAGUGAGUAUGAUUGUGUUCCAGAGAGUUUUAUUCUUUGCUCCGGUGCCCUUGUAUUCAUCAACAGCUCAUUGAAUCCUGUGCUCUACGCUUUAUUUGCGAGGAACUUUCGAGGUAAUCUCGAGGAUUCCCGACUGGUCAGGCUGUUCCAGGAAAUGGCUACUCACAGCAACAGACUCAUGGAGCUGGUAGUACAGCACCAGACAAGCCAGAGGGCAGCAAAUACACAGGUAGAGCUGAUGUCUGACCAGUGUGAGAAAAACUGA